AUGGAGAUCUUCUCGCCGGUUCCCCGGAAGCCAAACCAAGACAGCCAAUCUGCUCAGUCCAAUCACCUCCACCAGCAACUCCUCUCUCAGAUUGAAUCUCUGAUCACACAAGCCGAAAACCUUUCUGCUAACUGCCAUUCCUUACCAGAAACAAUCUCCACAGAUCUCCGCCAAACCCUAACUCACCUCACUCAACUCCUUCCUUUCCCUAACUCACUCAAGCUCCAAAUCUGGAAGAACGCCUACCGCCUUUGGAAUGCCUGCAUCGACAUCUCCAACGCCGCUUCCAUCCGCCCUUCCUCCUCCUCAUCCAUUGUCGAUGACCACGCCAAGCUCCGUCACAUCGCCGCCGAUAUGCUUUCCGUCGCUGGAGACGCCACCGGCGUUCCCUCUCCUGCCAUCAAAUCCGCCUCUUUCUACCUCAAGACCGGCCGCAUCUGGCAUGAUCUGAGAAAAUUUGAUCUCGCUUCCUCCUGCUUCGAGAGAGCCACCGAUAUCGUUUCAAAGCUCGAUAUCGCCACACUAUCUGACACCGGAGAGAGAAAACUGCUGUUAGAACUAAAUCUAGCUAGAUCUCGGACUGCCUGGGAGAUAUCGGAUCGAAAUCUCGCGAUAACACUGUUAAAUCGGGCCAAAACUCUCCUGUUCGGGUCAUCAGAUCACUACAAACAGCUGGCCAAUCAAUACUUGAUAUUUGGAAAGAGCGUGUUAUCAAAAAACAACGAUACCGUUAGCAGUUUAAAUGAAGCGUUGAAGCUAAUGAACGAAUCUCUGGAUUUAGGUGAGAAAGGAUCCAGCGCAGCGAGAACACGAGAACAAAUCAUGGAACUCAAGGAGUUACGAUCGAAAUCACUCCGGUUCAUCUCGGCCGUUCAUUUACAAAAAGGAGAGUACGAGAGUGUGAUUAAAUGCGUUAAGGUAUUGAGAGAGGGAGAUUGCAGUGGUGUUGGUGGGGACCAACAUGCUAGUCUCCCUGUUUUGGCAAUGAAGGCUUGGUUGGGGUUGGGGAGGUACGGAGAGGCAGAGAAGGAGCUGAGGGGCAUGGUUGUAAAUAAGGGAAUUCCUGAGAGUGUGUGGGUUUCGGCAGUGGAGGCGUACUUUGAGGCUGCGGGGACUGCAGGGGCAGAGACGGUGAAGGGAUUGUUUUUGGGACUUUUAGGAAGGUGCCAUGUGAGUGCCAGAGCUGCAGUCAGGGUGGCGAAUAGAGUGGUUGGGUGUGGUGGUGGUGGUGGAGAAGGGUCGAUAGUAAGGACUAAAGUGUUGGCAGAGUUGGUGUCUGAUGAGAGAGUGGUGGCGCUUUUUGCUAGCGAGGCGGCUGCUAAGGAGAGGAAGGCUAUGCAUGCUGUUCUUUGGAACUGUGCUUCAGAACAUUUUAGAUCAAAAGAUUAUGAGACAAGUGCAGUGAUAUUUGAGAAAUCACUGCUUUAUAUACCACAUGACAUAGAGAACAGAAUUCUCCGAGCUAAGGGCUUCAGAGUUUUGUGUCUAUGCCAUCUUGGCCUCUCUCAACUUGAUCGAGCCCAAGAAUACAUUAACGAGGCUGAAAAGCUUGAACCCAACAUAGCAUGUGCUUUUCUUAAGUUCAAAAUCUGUCUGCAAAACAACGACCAUAAUGGUGCUAUUAAUCAGGUCCAGGCAAUGAAAACUUGCUUUGAUUUCACUCCAGACUUUCUCUCCCUGUCAGCUCAUGAAGCUGUUGCUUGCCGUGCUCUUCCUGUUGCUAUUUCCUCUCUAUCCAGUCUCCUGAACUUCUACACCUCGGGAAGACCCAUGCCAACAACAGAAGUUAUAGUGCUACGCACAUUGAUCACAAUCCUCAUUCAAGACCCUGGAAACGAGCUAGAAGUCCUCGAAUUCAUGAAAAGGGCUCAUGACCGAGCAUCUGAACUUGGAACAGGGUGCUUUUUUGGAAAAGAAGAGGCUGGCAGACGAGAAAAAAAUUGGUUUGCUGUGACUUCGUGGAACAUUGGGACUAAAUGUGGGAAGGAGAAGAAAUAUGAAUUAUGUGCAGAAUUUUUGAGACUGGUAUCAGGAUUUUAUGGUGGUCUGGUUGAUUGUCAAGACGAAGAAAACAGAGUUAUGGUCUGCAAGUCAUUGAUAUUGUCUGUCUCAGCCAUGGUGGCUUCAGAGAAUCAAAGGAAGACUGCAUUGACGGAAUCUGAAGCGAAACAAGCUGUUGAACUGCUAGACAAAGCAGAUAAGAUCCUAACUUCAAUCUCAGCAGGAACUCAACUAGGUGGUGACGAAAUUACCACCGUUGAGCCAGACCUCAUCUUCAUGUACACCUUCAAUGCCUAUGAUAUAUAUGGUAGACUUGAUAAUUUUGGGCCCCAUAAACAGCUCCACCUUGUAAAGAGUUUGGCCAGCUUGAAGGCUUGCAAUCCCAAGUACCUUCUUCAAAUUGGUCUUAGCGCCUCCCAGGGUCCACGGUCUAACCCUGAAGUAGCCAGCUUUGCUCUAAACGAGUGCCUUUCAGCUCUCCUUUCUUCCUCACCGGACUAUCAGGAUGUUGCUCUUAUAGUUCGAAGACUGAUUACAUUAGCAAGCAUUCACAAAGGUGAUUCAGAUGAUGAUGCCGUGCAUAAGCUGUACAAGCAAGCUUAUCGGAUAAUGGUUGGGUUAAAGGAAGGUGAGUAUCCCACCGAGGAAGGAAAAUGGCUUGCAAUGACUGCAUGGAAUCGGGCAGCAGUGCCAGUGAGGCUGGGGCAAGUUGAUGCGGCUCGGAAGUGGAUGGAUGCUGGGUUGGAGCUUGCAAGGAAGGUUUCAGGGAUGGACACUUACAGGGCCUGCAUGGAGGAUUUUGUUACUGCUUUUAAUAAGAAAUUUCUUUCGCACAAUGAUGGUUAA